AUGUCGCGUAAGUGAUUUAUUCAGCUUUUCGCUUUGGAUUUUUGUUUUUUUGAAUUCAGGACGAGCUCGGAAACUACCGAGUGAAGUAAAAUUACAAAUGCCGGACCAAUUAGCUACCCCGCCAUUGAAUCUUGAUGAUCGGUGCAAAAUAAAGUUAAUUUAUAGAUGUGAAAGAAAAAUGAAAGAAUAUUUUUUUAAAGGUUGGCCGACGAUUCGGAAGAAAUUGAAGUUCGUGCCACGGAUUUGAUGGUAAUUGAGCAAUUGGGAUCUGGGGGAUAUGGAAUUGUUGAGAAGAUGCAGCACAAGCAAAGCGGAACUGUGAUGGCUGUCAAGGUUUUUUUAUCAUUAAAAUAAUUCCGUCAACAUCAAUUUUUCCAGAGUAUUGCGUAUAAAAAAUCUUUUCAGUGCAUUUAUUAUUUUUUUAAAUGACACUUUAGAAGUUAUUCUACAUCAUUAUUCGUGCCUUCAAAAAAACGACAACAAGAGAUUGAAAAUGUCAAUGGACUUCGAAAAAAAUGCUAUCUGAAGUUUUCAUUAAUUUUUUUCUUUUUUUCAUACCUUUUGGAAUUUCGUAAUGCUAUAAUUUUCAUGAUUUCGAAAAGAUUUUCAAUUUUUCGAUUUUCAGCGAAUAAAAUCUUCAAUAAACGACCAAUCACAGAAGCAAAUGUUAACGGAACUUGACGCAUGUAAACGGAGCGAUUGUUGUCCUCAGGUUUUGAUAUUUCUCUUUUUGGUUUUUUUAAGGUCUUCAAGAAAUGAAGUUCUGAAUUCCUAUGACUUUUAUGCUUUUCUUCUAAAUUUUUACCUCCCGUUAAGUCUUAAUUUUUUUUUGAGUCAAGAAUGCACCUAAAAAAAUUCAUGAAAAAUUGCGAGAAAGCGCUGAAAUUCUUAAAAAAAUUUGCUAUAUUUAUUUGGUUUUUUCUUGUUCAAGAUAGACUGUUCUCAUUUUUAAAACCGAGUUCUCUAGAAAUUGUUUUCUUUUUUUUUUUAAUAGCUUCGGUAUUCAUAUCGAGGCCAUUUUGUCCUUUUUUACUCAUGGGAAAAUUAAUUUUUAGCCUAAUUUAUGUUGAAAAAGCUCAGUUUAUUCAUUUGAAUGAUUUUUCUCCUCUAUAUUAUCCAAAAAGUCUUUUAUAUCAUUUUAAGAUGGUCCGAUUUUUCGGCGCGAUGUUUCGCGAAGGAGACGUCUGGAUUUGCAUGGAAGUGAUGGACACCUCGUUGGACAAGUUCUACAGGAAAUCCUAUCAAGUCGGCCGGAGAAUUCCCGAAAUGUUCAUCGCCAAAAUGACGUUGGACGUGGUGGAGGGUCUGAAUUUCAUGAAGGAGAAGAUGAAUCUGAUCCAUCGCGACGUCAAACCUUCCAAUAUUCUGUUGAACCUUCAAGGGCAAGCCAAAAUUUGCGACUUUGGCAUUUCCGGUCAUCUCACCAACAGCUUCGCAAAGGUGAAUGAUGCUUUGACUUGGUCGCAAGGGGAAUGGCUUGACUGCACCCGCCCGUAAAACGACUUGCGGGCGCAAAAAUAAUUGGAACCGCAACGGGUCGAGCCAUUUCACAUGCAAUUAGAAGAUUCAUCACUUUAUUUUUUUAUAGCCUCGUUUUACUGUUUCGAUAAGAAGCCUUAAAAAUUAGACUGUCGGAAAAACUAGUAACAGUUUUUUGAAAAAUCGAAAGUUCGGGGUCCGUUUUGCUCAGUGUUCAUAAAAAAUGCACUUUUUCCAGACGGUUCAAGUCGGAUGUAAGCCUUACAUGCCGCCGGAAAGGAUCGACGGGGAAACAAAAUCGGCCUACGACGUUCGGGCCGACGUCUGGAGCCUUGGAAUCACUAUUGUCAGUGUUAAAAAAAGGAAAUUAAAUAUUAGAUUUCUUAUUUUAAAAAUUCAUGUGCAUUGAGGACAUUUUUAGUUUGAAAACAGAAAAAAAUUCGGAGGGGGAUGGGAAAUGAUUAAAAAUUAAAAAAAUAAGAAAAAAAUCUUUUUUUCAUCGAUAAGAAUUUUUUUCGACGUUUUCUCAAGUUGAUUGACCUUUGGGAAAAAGCUGCAGUGACUACUAUAGGGAGAAAAAAACUCCCUACGGAGGUAUACUAAAGGACCUCCUAAAUGUUCCUUUAGGACCCACUAUAGGGAAUUUGCAAAAAAAAAAUAGUCACUCGGGAAAAAAGAGUUUUCAACACCUGGUGAAGAAAUGAUGCGCGUAAUGAAAAGACACAAAUUUUACAAUUUUUUAUUAAAUCAAUAACUUCCUCCUAAUUUUCCUAGUCCUAAUACACUUCCUAUAGGACCAAAUAAAUCUCAAACUCUCUUUAGGACCCACUACAGCUUUUCCCAGUUUGUCCAGUCUGAAAUGAAAUCCUUGAAAGUUGGUAUAACUGAUUCACGGCUGGCUUGAGCCAUCCAAAAAUGGGUCCUGACACGAUAGAAAAGAGAGAGUGCCUUGUUGGUGGAGAGCGCAGACAGGCCACGCCCCCUUCGAGUUCCAAGCUAGUCAUGAAUCGGGUAUAGUUCUCUGUUUCAACUCAUCCAAUUUUCAUAACAUUUUAAUUUUCAGUUACUGGAAUUUUUUAAUGUUAUCGUUUUCAGAUAGAAGUCGCCACGGGGACGCAUCCCUAUUCUGCAUGGAAAACGCCGUUUGAACAGUUGAAACAGGUUUUUUUGAUGUGUUAUAUUGGGAAAAAUAAUGAUUAAAACGGUUUUGAAAAAUUCGGCCUCUUAAAAACGAAAAAAAGAAGGCAAGUUGAAUUUUUUUCUGAGUGCGAAUUUUUUUAACAAGGUGAUGUUUUUCUUUACAGUGUUUUUUUACGCGGAACAAUUUCAAAAAGUUUAUUUUUUUGAGUGAAAGUUGAAAUAUCUGCCCUUUUUUGAGAUUGACAAGUCUGAGAAUUUUCAAGAGAUUGAAAUGAAAUAUUAACCGAAAAUUGAAAUUUUCAGUUUAGAUUUGAUCAGAAAUUCAAAUUUCAGGUUGUUGUAGAACCGCCACCAAAAAAAUGCCCAGAGACGGAUUCAGUUUAGAUUGCCAGUAUUUUGUGAAAAGAUGGUGAGUUUACGUAGUGAAAUUAAGUCAGUUUUAGUCAAAAUGAAAAAAAAAGUGGAAAUUUUUUUCAGUUUGGAAAAGGACUACAACGAGCGGCCAAAGUAUCCCGAACUUUUGGGGAUGCCAUUUCUGGAAUCGGCUCGGAAAGACGAAACUUUUUGCAUGGCGAAAUUUAUCUUUGAAGUGAUUUCUGUUAUUCAAAAUAAGGAGAAUUAGAUUGAAGCGGGAAUAAAUUAUAUCUUUUUUUGCAGUUUUUUUCAAAAAAAUCACUGUUUGUUUGAAUUUUUUUAAAAAAAGCAGUUCGAGGGUACAAUUUAUUAGAAUUUAUGAGAAAUCACGGAAUUUUCGGAUUUUCGUAACAAGUCGGUUCCCAAACUUCUAUCUUUUUCCGAUUAUUUUUGCGAAAAGAAAAGUUUUCUUCAGGUCUCCAUGUCCCGAGAGGCGAUUAUACAAUUUCGAAGCGUCUGAAAUUUGGCAAUCGAUUGGAAAAAUUGACUUUUCCGGCCCCGAUCCGAGGGGGACGCUUCUUCGAAUCCAACCAGAAAAUAGUUGUGAAAACACUUUAGAGACGAAAUUUAGGCUCUCAAAUAGAAAAAAAAGGCUUUGAAGAUUGUGUCAACCUCUUUGUCGGUGUGAAUUUUAAUAAAUUUUUUUUUGAAAUUUUUGAUUUUUUUCUCAUCGAUAUAUUUACUGUUGUCAGGCGGUGUGAACAUUAUUUUUUCUAUGUGUCAAGGAAAAAAAAAAUCUUGCAGGCCAAGAUAAAACGAGAGAUCAACGUCGGCCUGCGCCAUAACUCUAGUUGUCUGGCGCCUCUUCAGGCCAUCGUUGAUCUCUCGAUUCCAGUGAUUUCUUCUUCUUUUUUUCUUGCGAUUUCAAAUUAUUUAUUUCUGUAUGAUUUUUUUCUCACCUUUUCAAUAUAACUUCACUGUUAUUUUUUUAGAGUGAAGGUAGUAUUUAUUUAUCAGAAUCAGAAACUCGAUUUUCACAAUUUCAAAAGAAACUUUAGAGAAAUUUUCAAAGUUUGCAAAAUUUUUUGUUAAACUACAAAUACCUCGCCAUUGAUUUAAUCUCAAAUGUCAAAAAAAAGGCCGAAAUCCCCUAUAAUUUACGUGAUUUCCACCUGCAAGCUUUCAUUUCCUUCAAUUUCUUAUUGCCUAAACUUUUGCCAACAUGCAGAAUCUAUUAGUUAUUUUGUUUUUCCACGUUUUCUGUAUAUUUCUUAUCAAAUGUCAAUGCGAAAAAUUUGAAGAUUGUAAAAGUUGUGCUGCUGUGAAGGAUGCCUUAUUCACUUGCAGGUUAAUUUUUCCUUUUUUUCACAAAAAUUUUUAAAAUUUUCAGAUGGUGUCUUGAAACGAAAUCUUGUGUGCCUUCAAAAUAUCUUUGUCAUCCUUCGAAAACCGUCCUUCAUUAUGUAAAUUGUCCGGCUGUCAGUAAAUUUAUUGAUAAAUAUAAUGAUACGGAGCAAAGGUUAGUUUUAAAAAAAGAAAAGAAAGAAAGAUUAAUUUUUCUCAGAUCCGAAAUAAUUUACUAUAUUCAAGCUGUGAAUCGAGUGAGCCCCAAAGCGCCUCCGGAAGGGGUUGGUUUAAAAAAAACCUUUUUUUCUUUUAAAAGUUGGAGCUUUUAGGUGGAUUCUUGCCUAUCAAAACUGAAUUACAACAUUUCGGUCUUGUACAAAUUCGAAGUCAAGUUGAAAUUCGAUGGGGUUGGUUUUUUUAAAAAGUGAAAUUGAUUUUUGUUUACUGCCGAAAGUUUAGAAAGCAACUGCCGUGUUGAUUUUGGUCAAUCACAGUCUUCGUAAAAUUUUUAUAGCUUUCCGGUCUUCGAACUAUUUUGCUCAGGUUGGGAAUUUUGUUUCUAAAAUUAGAACAGUCAAAAAAUGGAGGAAAGAGAAAAAUACUGAGAAUUCUUUCAAAUUACUUCUUGGCCCAAAAGAAAUUUAAAAAAAAAGCCUCAGGCAGUAUCUUUAGCAUCGCCUCAAGUAGUCCUUAGACGUUGAAAAAAAGAAUCGCCCUUAAGUUUUUGUUUUGAAUCAAAUGAAUCGUUUCCAGUUCAUGAUGCAGUUUGUGAACGCCGGUCUUGGUAUGAUGGACGAUUUUCAUUUGGGCGGAAAAGUUGUGUCUUAUUACGGUAGGGCCUACCGUGAUCUUCUGGACUACGGUAUAGACAAUAUGUUCAAUGCGACUUUCCAAAAAUAUCCUCAUUACAGCGUCGUGGUAAGAGUUUGGGGAAAUAUUAUGCAUUUUAAGGCAAAAAAGGCAAAUAUUCGGGUCUAUUUUUUUCUUGUUUUCAGUCUUUUUUUCGAGAAACAACCUUGAAAAUAGAGAAACGGAAACUAUCAACUAAUAGAAACUUUGACGUAGAGCGUCGCGGAUACUUUACGGCGCGAAAAAAAAAAACAUUUUUUCAGUUGACCGGUCAUUCGAUGGGCGGAGCAUUAGCCAGCUUAUUCAGUUUUCAUAUCGCCAAAUUUUACGCUAUCAAAAAUUUGGCUGUGUAUCCUUGGUCUUCUCCAAGAUUCGGAGAUGAAGAUUACGUCAUCGCUCAUCAAAAAUUGGUCCGUCUUGUUUUUUGAAAAAAGGGUUGAGUUGAAAAAUUCAGGUUAAGAACAUUUUUCGAAUCAUCCGAAGAGGUGAUAUGAUCGCGGACCAGCCUUUUAGAAUAUCGCAAACGAUUCCAAUGCCUCAUCACACUUUUAAUGAGGUUUUUGUUUAAAAUCAAAUCUUUAAGGUAGCUAGAUUUCUAGGUUUUGUACGAAUCGGACUUUGAAACGUUCCAAAUUUGCGACCAACCCGAAACCGAAUACUGUAGUAAGGUAGUCGAAAAAAAAUACAAAAUACUUUAUUUACAAAGUGGUUUUUGUAGGGAAAUUGGCCGAAAAUUCCCUGGGCUCAUUUUCAACUGUUCGGCCAGACUUUCCGAUAUGGUGCUACUCCGGGAAUUUGUGAAUAG